AUGACUUCCAUAUCCGAGAAUCACCGUCUACUCGGUGCCUCCGUGCUGACACAAGAUAGUGAAGCAACUUUCAUUGACGUGUAUCGCGACGCUGAGAUGGCUUCAAGCAGUGCCCGUGAUAGAGAUGGUCUUCCACCUUGGGACCAGCUUAUCAUUGACAUUAAAGAUUAUGUCUUUCACUAUAGAAUAACCAAUCCUACGGCAUGGAGACGAUCUCGUGAAGUCCUCCUUGACACUAUUGGAUGUGCCGUCUUGGCUGCGAACACCAGCUCUGAGUGUAAGACGCUUCUAGGCCCAUUCAUACCAGGCACCGAAGUGAGCUAUGGUUUCCGCUUGCCGGGGACCUCCUUCGUGCUGGACCCGGUGAAAGGGGCUUGGGAUAUGGGAACCAUGAUCCGCUGGUUGGAUUUCAGUGACUGCAUUGGCGGAGUUGACUGGGGCCACCCUUCCGACAAUCUUGGCGCAAUAUUGGCUGUGAGCGAUUGGAUAACCCAGUCGAAUAUCCCGCGUGGAUCGGGUGCACCGCCUUUGACCAUCCAUACGCUAUUGGAGGCGCUCAUCAAGGCGACGGAGAUCCAGGGGACGUUCAACGUCCAGAACUCCUUUAACAAUCUUGGCCUUGACCACACCGCCCUCGUUAAGCUAGCAUCAACGGCCGUGGUUUCCUGGCUGUUGGGGCUGAGCGAAGACCAGACAUGCGCGGCCAUAUCCCAUGUAUUCAUGGACGGCGCUCCGCUUCGGGUCUUCCGUGCCGGUACCAACACGAUCCCCCGCAAGGCGUGGGCCGCGGGUGAUGCGUGCAUGCGAGCCGUGCAGAUCGCCCUCCUUGUGCGGAACGGACAGCCCGGGGCCCGUACCGUGCUGAGCAUGCCGAGAUGGGGUUUCUACGAGAACACCUGGCGCGGCAAAACGUUCGAGUUCCCAGCCCCGGAGCCCGGCCACCUUGCCACGUCGGCGGAGUUCCCUUACUCCAUUUUCCAGACGUAUAUUAUGGAGCGUGUGGCUCUCAAGCUAGUGCCUUGCGAGGGUCAUGCGCUGUUCGCUAUCGAGGCCAUGCGGGAACAAUCACAGCGACUGCGCGACCGCGGGCUGGAUCCGGAUCGGGACGUGACGAGCAUUACGCUCAAGGCCUGUAGGCCCAUCGUACUGAUUCUCGACAAGCCUGGCGUACUGCAGAACUAUGCUGAUCGCGACCAUUCGAUCCAGUACGUGCUGGGGGUGACGCUUCUCAAGGGCGAGCCACCAUCGACAGAGGAUUAUCGAGACGACAGCCCUUGGGCCUCCAGCAAGGCAUUGAGAAAUGUGGCCAAGAAGAUGCAGGUUGUCGAGGACGACGGAUUCACUCAGGAGUAUCUGUCCAACAGCAGGACUGAUCCGAGCCCGCCUGUUGCGAGUGUGACCAUUUUUCUGAAGUCGGGUGAAGUGCUAGACGAGGUGGUCGCGCGGGAUUGUCCUGGAACUCCUGCGAAUUCGAAUACGAGUGCAGGAGCCACGAAGAAGUUCAGGGACAACAUGAAAGUCAGUGGCUUUAGCAGCGAGAAGAUUGGCGGGAUUGAAAGACUAGUGAUGGAUGGAGAUAACUUGCCUAUCACUGACUUGGUCAACUUGCUCGCCGUCUAA